AAAAUGAGAAAUUGAAAGAGGAUGAAUUAGAAGAGAAUGAAUUGGAGGAUGAAUUGGAAGAGAAUGAAUUGGAGGAUAAAUUGGAAGAGAAUAAAUUGGAAAAGAAUGAAUUGGAGAAGGAUACAUUGUAG